CUAUGUUGAACUCCGAUGCCAUGGUUCGUCUUGGAGGCCUGAAUCCUGAUGAUAUGGUCGCACGUUCGCUUCAUAUCUCUUCUAAGUUGCACAGAACAUCACGAUCGGCAGGGCGAAGUCAAUUUUCAUCCGCAUCUCUCCAAAGUAAGGGGAGACAGGCUUCCGUAGCCAUUUUGGCUCAAGUUAGCCAUUUUGGCUCAAGCCAUCCAGGCUCAAGACUUGUAGGCGACCGGGGCGCGCACAGGCGACCGCAGUUGAGACCAGAGAUGGGUGCCUCGGGCAGCACCGGGCCCGACCGCCACAAUGGGAAUGCGGGGUCUGGCGAGAGGCCUGGCCACCGCGUCCGUCGUGUGCGGGUCACGGGAGCUGGCCUGCCACAGGUGAACGGCGUCUAUUUGCCGACGGCGGACUUCGCCGGCGGCGAGGCGUUCCAGCUGGAGGUGAACAAGGACAGCAUAAAAAAGAUCUACAUCCGUUGUCGGUCGGAUAAUGUGCGAGACGCCUGGGUCAUCUCGAUGUCUUCAAACUCGGACGUGAGCGGUGGGAAUCUGUACAAACGAGAGUGCGAGAGUGAGGAGCAGAUCACGCCGCCGCUCUUUGGCUGGAAGCCGUGCGCGGCAAGUGAUGGCUUGCCAGGGAGUCUUGCGACCCAGGUAGUCCAGGGUGUGCCGAAGCUUAAGUACCACUACGGCCCACUCGAGGAGAUCAAUUGGGACUGCCAGCCACCGUCGCCAGCACAGCUGCACAAGCCGAAAGCCACCCGCGGGAUGCCGCCUCGGCAGGAAGGCAUCAGCUCGAGUCUCACGGUGUGUGUCAUCGGCGCGAACAACAUCCCCAGUACCCGCGCGCGCGAGUUUCAUGUGGCCUGCCAGGUACCUGGCAAGAACCAGACCAUCGAGUCCGUGGCGGUGCCCGCCAGUCAAGACCCAGAGUUCAGGCUGAAGACCCCCUUCCAGAGCUGGAGGCGUCCCGACGAUUUACAGUUCACCCUGUAUGCCGAGCGUGAUAUAAAGAUUGGCGUAGCCUCGUUGGACUACGAGUACUUCAGCGAGAGCGGUUUUGUCGGAGAGAUUCCCGUCACGUUGUUCGGUAAUGACAGCCAGGAAGUCACGAUGAGUGUCUGUGUCGCUUUGCCAGGGCAAGUCACGCCAGGCGUUGAUGUCGACAUUCGCAAGUCCACGGCUCGAAGAUCGGCAUCGAGAUCGCUCCAGAUACACAGAGCAGUGCCCUGACCGUAACCAAGAUCCUGGAAGGAGGGCUCAUUUCCCAGUGGAAUUACGAUAACCCUGAUCAGCAAGUUAGGACUCGCGACAAGAUCACCGAGAUCGACGGUAUCAGGGGCUCGUGCUUGACCUUGCUGGCGAAGUUUGCCGAUGACGAGCCGAGGACCAUCAGGAUGCGCAUUCAGCGUGCCGGUACCUAAGUGGCGCUGAGGGGCCCAUGACGUGCCAAAGAGCUGUCAACAAACUACAUUCAUCUACAGAACGUGUGCAGAGCUGUAUGGGACGUCUGCCCAGGCACUUACCAUAGAACGCUGGAGCUGUACAAUCAUUUCUGCGAGCCGCCCCUCGCCAGCGCAGAGGCCUGCUUAGUUCUGAGCGUAGUCGCGUGAAUAGCGCGGCGCUCAGGACUCACUUGGUCGGGGGCGCUGCUCGCUCGCUCUUGCCGCGUGCCUGCUGUCAUCGUAGCGUCUUGGCGCGAGACCGCGACUUGCCUCGACUGCACGGGCCGCGGCGUGAGCUGCACCAGUCUCGGGAUCGCCACAGUUGGUGGCCUCCCGCCUCCGUCCUCUCCCUAACCCUGCAGUCUUCGAGCUUGUCGGCGCCAGUGGAGCAUUCUCGUCAGGCCUUCUCUGUCUUGCCUUUCCCUCCCUUGACCCCUCCUCUCUGCUCCCCUCCUCCUCCCCUCCCCUCCUUCCCUCUCUUCCUCCCUCCCCACGUCUCCGUGUGCACGAUGCGCGUUUUCGUUGUUUUACCAGCGUCGACAUCGUCGCCAAAGUGUGAAGCGCUCGUGCGAUUUAUAUACGCACGUGGAGCUGCCUACCAGUGGGCGCCAGCCAUUCAUUCGUAGGCAGGUCCUUUUUUGAGACGCGAGAAAGACAGCACUCAGGCGGGGGACCCCCGCAUCGCCGCAUCGCUGCCUCCGCGCUCCAUCGCGGAGAAAACAAAAACAAAUAAGGGGAGACAGGCUGCCAUCCAAGUUCCAACGAACAGCCG